AUGUCCGAAGCCUCUUCAGCUGGCGAAAGGUCCACGCAAAUCCUUUUGCCCUCGCCACCCAAGCCGUCUGCACGGCAAUGGACCCUGCCGAGUACAUAUAAUGCAAACGCACAGAGUGGCAGUCGUCUGCUCUCACUGCCAGCUGAGCUCGGGCAUCACAUCCUGUCUUAUGUUCCGCCCUCGUCGGUUCUCAAGCUGGCUCUCGCCGGCCGCAAGGCAGCAGACCUGGUGUACGGACUCUCUCCUACCGUGACUGACAAGUGGCGUCGGCAGGACUAUCGCUCAGAUGAUCCGGACGCAAAGACGUGUCUGAUCCGGUCCGGCAAGAUCGACGCAGAACUCAAGUCGUCGGGCGAUGACACGAUGGGUCCAUGCCAGGUGUAUCAUUACACCUUUCGGCCGCCUCAACCCUGCGGCUGCGGCAAGACGACAGGCUGCGAUGAUUGUGCGAAGGAUGAGACGGGCGAAGCAUGGGUCAAUGAGGGUCAAUUAUCUGCCGAACUCCCCAUCAUCCGCGAAGACUGGAUGCUAUCGGCUCCGAAACUUCACACUCUCAUUGUGACGAUCGCUCACCACCGCGACACCGUCCUGCCCCAUACAGGGGAACCAUCGCUGGAAUUCGGUCUCAAGGCCCUGACAACCAUCACCGACGCGCUUCACCAGUCGGCGUCCACCGAGCAACAGGGGAUAUUGCCUCUCUUGAUCAUCGAGUCUGACGGGCACGCACUUACGGAUUUCGGACCGACACUUGCUCCUGUGUGUGAGGCACGCGUGAUCAUUGAGAAUGGCGGAUUCUAUCUCGUCCCCAGGGUGGAUACGAUGGUCCACGUAGAGCGUCCAGGGGGAAAGCUCCAGGAUACCUCCUCCAUCCCGAUGGAACCCACGCUCCUUCCACUGAUGGUGACAUUCGGCCGUGGUGUCAAGACCCUUGUGACAGUCUUUGAUACGCUUGGUCACCCGACUUUCCCGUACGACCAGUCGGACACGGAUGUUGAUCCCUCUCAGCACUUUGACUCACUGGUAAGGGGUACAGCCCGCAAUACCUGCAUGGCGAAUGAUUGCAGAAUUCGACACAUUAUGCUCGGAGCCGGCAAAUUCGACCGAAAGGCAUUCGAUCUCGAUCCUUCAUGGUCAGAUGACGAGGUCGCUGCGCACUUCGAAGAAAGGGUGCUUGCGGAAAUGUCUCAACUUCACCCCAGCCGGCGUUCCGAGCUCAGCGUCAUAGCGGCAGGACUGGAGGGCCGCAUGCCGUGGCAUACCGACGAAGAGUGGUCUCAGAUCGAGUCUCGCCGCGCGGCGCGGGAGAACACUCAUUGUGAUUGA